AUGGACGAGUACGAAUACCUUCAGCCUGGGUUCGACCCCAAGUCGCUGACGGUGCCCCGUUUGCGAUCGAUCUUUGUGGCGCACGACAUUCAGUACCCCGCUACAGCGAAGAAGCCCCAACUCAUCGAGCUUUUCAACGACGAGCUCCUGCCCCAAGCCAAGAAGAUUCUGGCGAAGCAGGCUAGAGCGAAGCGAUCAAGCAAGGGCAUCGUCGAUAUGCCAAGCUAUAACGAAAGCGAGUCUUUUGAUGACCACGAUCUGGCGCCUCCGCCACCGAGAACCACGAGAUCUCGGUCCCCUCGAAAGGCCUCUACCCGUCUCAGAAGCGAGGAGUACGAGCCGGUCGAGCCGCCGGCUACUAUCAGUCCUACGAAGAGGAAGGUUCGAGCAAGUAGCCGACAGCCUGUGGAACCGGAACCGGAACCGUACGUUGAACAGUACGUUGAGCCGGAGCCGCCCAAGUCCGUUCGGACCAAGCGCGUUGUCACGCCUCACAUCAAGACGGAGGAAUCGGAAGAGGACUUCUUCAAGAAGCGAAGAGAGUCCGAAUACUUCUCGAAGGACAACCCGUUUCAGAGCGGCAGUUCGCCAGCGCCGAUAAAGACCCCUGCUACUGGCCGCAGGAGGACUACCGAGCACAAGGUUGAGCAAGACGACUACGACUAUGGCACAAGACGACAGACCGACGGCCACUACGUCGAGGACCGACCAAAGUCAUCCAGGAAGUCCCAGGCGUUCGAGGUUCCCGUCAGCAAGUUACUGCGCGAAGAGACGCCAGAGUUUCACUCAUUCGAGGCUGUUGAGGCGGGCGAAGAAUUCACCCCUGAUGCUCAGUUUGAAAUGGAGCAAGAGAUGGCGGCAAGCGGGGAGACGGCUGUGGUGCAGCGUCAGACAUCACCAGCUCGACCCCGCAGAAGUCUGGCUAAGCCCUUCUGGGCGUUGGCUGUUUCUUUGCUCGGCGCAUAUGGCGCAUGGUACCGACAAGAAAAGGUCGCUGUCGGAUACUGCGGUCUCGGUCGCCCUGCAACACAAAUUAUUCCUCCUGAUGUCCCGGUACCAGACUGGGCCGUGCAACUGGCUGAACCUCAGUGCGAACCUUGCCCGCAGCAUGCGUACUGUUACGAGGACUUCUCCGUUCGCUGUGAGCCCGACUUUAUUCUGAAGCCGCACCCGCUUGCUCUCGGUGGUCUCGUUCCUCUGCCGCCAACAUGCGAGCCAGAUGGAGAGAAGGUGCGAAGAGUCAAGGCUGUUGCCGACAAGACUGUUGAGGAGCUGCGAGAGAGGCGGGCACAAUUCGAGUGCGGCGACUCCGGCGACUCCGCUGACGAAGAGAGCCAAACGACUGCGACUCCUCAGAUCGACGAAGAGAAACUGAAAGAAGUCAUCAGCUCGAAGAGAAGCAAGAAGAUGAACAAGGAGGAGUUCGACGACCUUUGGGUUGCCGCAAUCGGUGAUGUCAAGGGCCGCGAGGAGGUUGAGGUCGUUCCACUCUCAAUUGGAUCUAUGAUCUUCUUGAUCGCCACCUACUUCUACGUCCGAUCCAAGUACAGAUCGCACAAGGCCACUGCAGCCCAGGUCCCGGCUCUCGUUGACCUUGUCUUGUCUCGGCUCGCAACGCAGAAGGAACUCGGCGAGGAGGAGAUUGACGACCCUUGGCUUUUCCUGCCCAACCUCCGCGACGACGUACUUCGAUCCGUACACUCGCUCGGCGAGCGUGAUCGUAUCUGGAAGAAGGUCAAAGCCGUAGUUGAGCAGAACAGCAACGUGCGAACCAGUCAAAGAGAAGGCCGUAGCGGUGAAGUCGGUCGCGCAUGGGAGUGGAUUGGACCUAUCGCGGGAGACAGCAGGCGUCGCAAGAGCGGACGCACGUCUUUCGGACCUGGACCGGACGUGAAGAUCGAAGACUCCGUUGAAACAUCAGAGAAAGCCAACGCCCACUCGAAAUGGGAGGAGCCGCGGCCCAUCUAUUAA